AACAGACUUCCGGUUGAUUUUACUCGUCACAUCCCAACUUGACGCAACUGGGGGUCAACAACCAGCGAAGCUACCAUCCACCAGGGUCUGCAGCGCCAUAAAAUGAAAGCUGUGGGUCAUCUCUUGCUUUUUACUGCCUCAAACACACGGGGAUAGUGUGGCGGACAUAUUCUUGUCUAGUCAUUUCCACCACCGGAGGGACCUUGCGGGAUAAACCGACAGCUAUUGGGCCUCGUCGUCGUGGCCCAGCAGGACUCGAGUGAAGUUGGGAGCGGACUGCCAAACUUCUGCUUCCUCCAGCUUCUGUCCGCAGGGCCCGGGGCUCCUGUCACCGGCCCUGUGGAUGAGGGAGUGAGUCAGGAUUAAACCAGCCCGCAGGAGAAAGGGAUCCCUUUGAUGGGAGAAUCCUCCGUCCGGGCCUCCUGGGUCAAUCACCGUGCCAUAAUGGAUGAGCAGGAGGCCCUGAACUCCAUCAUGCAGGACUUGGCCGAACUGCACCGAUCCAGUCGUCCUGCCACGUUCCUGUCGGAGUUGGCAAAACCCAAGGCCUCCUCGCCCAAGAACCAGAACGAUGUGAGAGUGAAGUUCGAGUUUAAAGGAGAGAAGAGGAUCCUGCAGUUUCCUCGACCCCUAAAGCUGGAAGACCUUAAGACGAAAGCCAAAGUAGCCUUUGGUCAGGCCAUGGACCUCCACUACACCAACAAUGAGCUGGUGAUUCCGUUGACGACGCAGGACGACCUGGACAAGGCUGUGGAGCUGCUGGAUCGCAGUGUUCACAUGAAGAGCCUGAAGAUCCUCCUGGUGCUGCAGAACGCUUCGUCCAACAUGGACCUCCUGCCGUCCCAUGAGGAGCUGGACAACACAGGCUUCAGAGCUCUGACUGGCUCUCAUUCAACGGACCGCAGCUCUCCUCCUCCGGGGUACAUUCCCGACGCUCUCCAGCAGGUGGCGAGGAACGGCUCCUUCACCAGCAUCAACAGUGAGGGGGAGUUCAUUCCAGAGAGCAUGGACCAGAUGUUGGACCCGUUGUCGAUGAGUAGUCCGGAGAACUCUGCGUCUGGAAGCUGUCCAUCGUUAGACAGCCCGUUGGACAGCGAUUAUCCCAAAUCCAGGAUGCCCCGAGCACAGAGCUACCCUGACAACCACCAGGACUUUCCAGAGUACGACCUGCCUGUGUUUGAGAAGUCGGGGAAAGGCGGGACGUAUCCCCGCAGAUACGGCAUUCCCUUUGGCCUGCAGGACUACAGCGACGGGAGGAAGACGUUCCCUCGGGCUCGACGGACGCAAGUCCACAGCUUCCGCUCUCCAGUCAGCUUCAGCCCGACGGAGCAGUCUCCCAGCACCAGCAGUGGCAGCAGCGUCUUCACCCCCGACCUGGAGGAGGCCCCUGGGCCCGGCAGGAGGCGGAGGGGCAGCGACAUUGAGCCCAAUCCAGCCACGGCUCCGACCCUCUCCGUCAUGGACAUCAGCCCACCCAGCCGCUCUCCACGCGCUCCAACCAACUGGCGGCUGGGGAAGCUUCUGGGCCAGGGGGCUUUCGGUCGCGUCUACCUGUGUUAUGAUGCAGAUACAGGACGGGAACUGGCAGUCAAACAGGUCCAGUUUGACCCGGAGAGCCCAGAGACUAGUAAGGAGGUCAGUGCACUGGAGUGUGAAAUCCAGCUUCUGAAGAACCUGUGCCACGAGCGGAUCGUCCAGUACUACGGCUGCCUGCGCGACAGCAUGGAGCGGACGCUGUCCAUCUUCAUGGAGCACAUGCCCGGAGGCUCCAUUAAGGACCAGCUGAAGUCGUACGGAGUGCUGACGGAAAACGUGACGCGCCGCUACACCCGGCAGAUCCUGGAGGGCGUCUCAUACCUGCACAGCAACAUGAUCGUCCACAGGGACAUCAAAGGGGCCAACAUCCUCCGGGACUCUGUGGGAAACGUGAAGCUGGGGGACUUCGGGGCCAGCAGGCGUCUACAGACAAUCUGCCUAUCAGGAACGGGCAUCAAGUCAGUGACUGGAACGCCGUACUGGAUGAGUCCGGAGGUGAUCAGUGGAGAAGGAUACGGCAGGAAAGCUGACAUCUGGAGCGUCGGAUGCACCGUUGUGGAGAUGCUGACUCAGCGGCCCCCAUGGGCGGAGUUUGAAGCCAUGGCGGCCAUCUUUAAGAUCGCCACCCAGCCCACCAACCCGGUCCUACCCCCCCACGUGUCGGACCACUGCAGAGAGUUUCUCAGACGGAUCUUUGUAGAGACGAAGCAGCGUCCGUCUGCAGAUGAGUUGCUGAGGCACUUUUUUGUCCAUUAACCCUGAAAAGCAAAGCCACGCCCACCUGCAGAGCUGCCAAUUAAGGCCUUACCUGAAGGGGCGGUGCUGCCUCUGGCCCAGCCCCCUCUGCCUACAUGCUCAGAGCACUCUGGAGCAGGAUGGACCGGCUGGAAUAGGUCGGGCGGUUCUCCUGGGCUGAGACGGCCGCAGAGGACCUGAUUUUUAGUUCGUUUUGUUGACAACGUGCACCUUAAUUUCUCAGACGUGGAGAGGUCAAGCUCUUCCUCCUGACGAGACGUUGGUACGGUUUCUCUCCUCAAACCUUGGAGAUUGGUACAUGUUGGUGUUGUGGACCUGACCCGACCCCAGAAUGUAGUCUCUUCCCAGAACCCAGAGCAAUGCCAAUGACCCACUUCUUCAGACCAAACUUAACACUCCCAGAAAAGUUCCCCGUCACCUGCCUUGAUCUACGUCUCCUCCUCCCUCCUCUUCAGUCUUUACUGUGUGCCUUUUCUGUUUUUAAUGGCAGCGUAGGAACCAGUCUGGACUUUAGAACUUCCUGUUCCCGCCAACUUAAAAGCAUCAGAGUUCAGCUUCUAGACAUCAGCACAGCUUCAUUUUCCACUGUGUUCAAGCGGAGGCAGUCAUGUUUCUGAGCAGCCAAUCAAACGCUGAGCUGUGGGUGUAGCUUUUUAAAGGUGCUGUCUGCAGAUUUUACUGCCUCUGUGUGAACGCUACAGAAACAGCUUCAGCUCAGUGAUUCCACUCCAGAAAAGACGGUUUUCAGAAAAAACAUGGUACUUAUCGAUUUGUUGUAGAGUCUCCUGGGGCCACUAGGUGGCAGCAGGAAGACGAAUGGUAAAGGCACUUAAAGUGAGCAGUUCCGAUGUAGUAGCUUUGUGGGAAAUGUUUCUGCUCUGAUCCGCUCAGGUCGGUACUUGUCCAAACAUGGAGCCCUGCAGAUUAAACGCUUGAGAGAGGAGCUGCUUCUGAGGCGGCUGUAAGUAAACUGAAGCUCUACCACCAGGAGGCACUGUGGGUGAUCCACUGAUGCUUUCUCCCCGUUUCCUCAGCGGCUGUCGCUGAAGCAGCUUCACAAACCUUUUCUUUGCACAUUUUAAACACUGUUUUUCUCUGUGUGUGUGUGUGUGUGUGUGUAUACAUGGUGAAUGUACAGGUCACCUCUGCUGAAUGUAAUGUGUCAUUUUCACCUCCAGGGGGCAUCACUUACCACAGUGGUUGAACUCUUCAGUAACAGUAUUUGUCAGCUGCAGACACACUUAUAGUUCUCUUCUUAGCCACUGCUGCCUCUCCUGGGUGUGUGUGUGUGUGUGUGUGUGUGUGUGUGUGUGUGUGUGUUCUGAUCUGCAGAGGAUGAGAACAUUAAAAUAAUCAAAUGUACAGAUGUGUAAAAUAAGUCCCAUUGUUUUCCUGUUCGGUCUGUAUUGUAAAAGAAGCCAUGUUUAUAAUUCUGAUUGGUUUGUGACCAAUACGCCUGUUUAUAUCAGAUCUGUAUAUCAGUGGUACGCAUAAUUUUUUAAUAUAUAUUUUUUAUUUUCUUUGUUUUUUUUAAAUGGGAGAUUUUCUGCAUGGUUGGGUCUGUGAGACACAGCAGUGCCAUUGAAUGGUUGCUGUUUUUGGUCAAAUUCUGGAGUAUUGAGACCAGCUCUGUGUUCAAAAUUAUGAAGAUGAUGAUGAAAUCAAUUAAAGAUAUUUAUUUCACAGCAA